AUGGCUAGAUUCUCCAAAAAUAAUAAAGUUUCAAAACCUAAACCAAAUAAUCAAAACAAAUCUUUACAAAAUAUAAGUAAAAAUGCAUCUAAGAAACAAGAUGAAAAAUCAGAUGAAGAAUCAGUACAAAAUGAAGACAUACUUAAGAAUGCCAUGGGUAUAUUCCAAGAACAAUUCGAUGCUGGUAAACUACAGGAGGCUAUUGCCAAAGGUCAAGAUGUAGAUACCACUGUCAAGGGUCUACUUGAUCAAAUGUUGGGUGGUGUUUCUGUUGAAUCUGAUGAUGAAGAAGAAGUAAAAUCAAAGAAGGUGAAAGGUAAUGAAGAUGACGAUGAUGAUGAAUGGGAAACUACAGAUGGCUCAGAUGAAGAAGGCGACGAAGCCAAAGAUGAAGAAAAAGAAGAAGAAGAAGAAGCGAAAGAGGACACAAAAUAA